AUUUGAAAUCGGUUGCGGAAUAUCCACUUAAAAGAGUCUUUACUGUAACUGGAUAUGCUUGCCUAUCGAUAUCAAUAGUGCGCGGUCCAUUGCAGUGCGAUCAGCUGGGAAUUCGUUGACUAAAGAGAGGAAAACAUGGCCUCAGCAAUGCCAAGCAAAUCCUAUGUGGUCUAUGACUGUGACAUUGGCACCGACGAUGCCUGGGGCUUGGCAAUGCUCCUGAGGGCCGAACAGCAUCUAGAGAAACGGGACAAGAAAUUCCAAUUGGUUGCCAUUACAUGUGUCCAGGGCAAUACGGAUGUGGACAAUGGCACACGAAACGCCCUGCGAGUACUCCACACACUAGAUCGCCUUGAUGUGCCGGUUUACAAGGGUUGCUCCGAUCCGAUUGUGCCCCGCAAUUGGCAACGUCAAAUGCUUUUCCACGGUUCCGAUGGUCUGGGCGAUGUUGGUGACUAUCCGCCGGUGCAGGAGGAACGUUACCAAUUGGAAGAACAUGCCGUCAAUGCCAUGUAUCGUUUGGCAUGCCAGUAUCCCAAGCAAGUGGAUUUUAUCCUCUGCGGACCAUUGACCAAUUUUGCCAACUGUAUUAAUAUAUAUGGUGAUAGAUUUCUGGAUAAUUUGGGCAGCGUCUACAUAAUGGGCGGCAAUUUGCAAGGCAAGGGCAAUAUAACCAAAAGUGCCGAAUUCAAUUUCAUAAUGGAUCCGGAAGCAGCGCACAUUGUGCUGGAACGUCUAAAGAAACCAGCUCUCAUAUUACCCUGGGAACCGUGUAUCGAUGGCGAAUUUGGUCUGACUCUUGAUUGGCGUCUAAAUGUGCUGGGCGGAUCUGCUGCAGAGCAACCGUUCAUUGAUCUAUUAAAUCGUGCCGAAAGUUCCGUACUCCUGUCCAAAGGUUUCACCAAGUGGCUUACCUGUGAUGCCCUGCUAACCGCCGCCUACUUACUGCCCAAACUAAUGAUAGCCGAUGAAAGGACUUACUAUGCCACCGUGGAGCUAACUGGUGUCCAUACACGCGGUCAAAUGGUGCUCGAUCAUCUGAAGGGUCGUCGUCUCGAUGAUCAGCAUGGCAAACCCAUGAAUGUGAGGAUCAUAAGAAAACUGAACGGUGAGGCCUAUCGCAAGAUUAUAUCCUGGACAGGCUGGUUGAAGGAUGUUGAAGAUAUAGCUCAACUAUGGGAGCAGGAGCAAUCCCUAUAGAAUACACAGACAACACAAUAUUUUGUUAUACACAAAAAAAAAAAAAUAGUUUCGUGUAUAUAUAUUUCUUGUUUUUUUUUUCGAUUUCAUUCAAUGUACUAAAUAGAAUGCGAGUGUUUAACAGAGUUGUUGAUCGUUGUAGUAGUGCAAUAAAAUCUAUAUAUAUUUUUUGUUAUACAUA